UUAUGCCUUCAAGUCCUCAUCCCAACAGAGGGUGAUUCCAAGAACACUUUAGAUAAGUGCUGAAUUGGGACUCGACUGAAUGUUUGUGCUCUUAAUUCUUUCACAUCCCGAUCUGCCACUGGUUAGCAAGAAAGUUAAAGGGGAGUGCAUUUGUCACAGACACAAUCUAAGCUUCUUAUUUCCCUCCUUUAAAAUCUGUUUCGCCUAGUUGAGAUACCUUCACCCAAUCCCUCUGUUUUCCUCCUGCCUUUCAGUUCACUGGACAUUGCGGAUUAACCUACUAGCUCAGACAGAUUGGAAAGACUUGCUGUUCUCUAAACUCUGGGCCUGAGCGGUGUUUCCCUGUUUUCCAACCUGACCUUGUUAAAACGCGCAGGUUAAGGCCCGGAUACACUCUCCUUGCUCUCUCCAUCCUAGCCAGCUCCUUUCCAAACCCGGCCCUUCUUCUCCAGGCUCUCAAUCCCCUCAUGGGCUCGAUAUCAGCCAGUGCAAGAGGACCACCGUCUCAACCCUAACAGCAGUCCUCACCAUGGAGAUGAAACAACCAGUGGCGAUGAAUCGAGAGGAUGGGGGAGAUCAUGAGAAGGAACAGGAGUCACAAGAAAACGGAAGGCUGGUUGCGGACAGCAUUGGGGAGAAGGGUCAGAAAUCCUGCUCCGGGCCUGGGCAGGUCUCCAACGGUUAUCCCAGCACUUCCCCGCAAAGCCCCAGGGACGGUGCAGGUGCUGGGACGGACAGGGGCAGCACCCCUGGGGCAUUCAGGACUCUGGUGGUCCAGCAGACCAGCUUGGAUCCACCUAGAGAGACCUGGAGCAAAAAGAUGGACUUCUUGCUGUCAGUGAUCGGGUAUGCGGUCGACCUGGGCAAUGUGUGGCGCUUUCCCUACAUCUGCUACCAAAACGGAGGGGGUGCCUUUCUUCUGCCGUACCUGCUGAUGGCUGUGUUUGGUGGCGUGCCGCUGUUCUACAUGGAACUGGCUUUGGGCCAGUUUCACCGCAGUGGGUGUAUCUCCAUCUGGAAACACAUCUGCCCCAUCUUCAAGGGUAUAGGCUUUGCCAUCUGCAUCAUUGCACUCUACAUUGCCUUCUACUACAAUACCAUAAUGGCCUGGGCUCUCUACUACCUCCUGUCCUCCUUCCGUGCCACGCUUCCCUGGACCACCUGCACCAACCAGUGGAACACUCCCAACUGCACCCACUACCUGUCCACCGACUUAAAUGUCUCCUGGACCAACAACUCCAUCUCUCCGGCUGAAGAGUUCUAUAUACGACAGGUCCUGCAGGUUCAUCUGUCCCCUGGUCUUCAUCAGUUGGGUUGGGUGAGCUGGCAGCUAGCCCUCUGUCUGUUGUUCAUUUUCACCGUUGUGUACUUCAGCAUCUGGAAGGGGGUCAAGACCUCCGGCAAGGUAGUGUGGGUGACGGCUACCUUUCCGUACCUGGUGCUGCUGAUCCUGUUGAUAAGAGGGGCCACCCUCCCGGGAGCAUGGAGAGGAGUGGUCUUCUACCUGAAACCUGAUUGGAGUAAACUUUUAACCACUACAGUUUGGCUUGAUGCAGCUGCGCAGAUCUUCUUCUCUCUGGGUCCAGGCUUUGGUGUUCUCCUGGCCUUUGCCAGCUACAAUCCCUUUCAUAACAACUGCUACAAAGAUGCAUUGGUCACAAGCUCAGUGAACUGUUUGACCAGUUUCCUGUCAGGCUUUGUGAUCUUCACCGUACUGGGCUACAUGGCAGAGAUGCGCAAACAACAUGUGGAGACUGUAGCUAAAGAUGCUGGUCCCAGUCUGCUCUUCAUCAUCUAUGCUGAAGCUAUUGCCAAUAUGCCGGCUGCUACGUUCUUCGCCAUCAUAUUCUUCCUCAUGAUAAUUAUGCUGGGGCUGGAUAGCACGUUUGCAGGUCUGGAAGGGGUAAUUACAGCCAUGUUGGACGAGUUCCCCCACCUGUUAGCCAGGAGGAGAGAAUGGUUUGUGCUCGGCCUAGUGUGCGUCUGUUAUUUGGGCGCCCUCUCUACUCUUACCUACGGAGGUGCAUUUGUUGUUAAACUAUUUGAGGAGUAUGCCACGGGCCCUGCUGUUAUCACCGUGGUCUUCCUCGAGGUCAUUGCUGUUUCCUGGUUCUAUGGAACGACACGUUUCUGCAACGACGUGCAACUGAUGCUUGGCUUUGCUCCUGGUGUGUUUUGGAGGGUCUGCUGGGUAGCCAUCUGUCCCUGCUUCCUGUUGUUCAUUAUUGGGAGUUUCCUGGCAUUCCCUCCUGAGGUAAAGCUGUUUGACUACCUGUAUCCUUUCUGGACCACAGUUCUCGGCUACUGUAUUGGAGUCUCCUCCUUCAUCUGUGUGCCUUCUUACAUGGUCUACCAUCUAGUCACCACCAAAGGGACCUUCAAACAGCGUCUGCUAAAGAGCAUUACACCUGAGGCUCCGGGGUCCAGCGGCCCUCAGAGAGACACAAUUGUCAUCACCAACGCCGUGUGACACAUUUCCUCUUCUGCUGGACAUGUAGCACAAACGCAGGGGACCCGUGUCUCCUGUAAGGGCCUCGACCGACCUCCCAUCACACCUCACCCCAGAGGAGUCUGCUACCUGUAUUGUGUGACGGUGAGGCCAGGCCUCCGAAAUACAGCCAUUGUUUUAUUCUUAUUCUUGCCGUCCAUGUGUGACCACUGUCAGUGCUCAUAAGAGUUACUGACUGCGUUUUGUCCUUCUAUUGUUCAUUUUAGAUCUCCAUAAAAAUUAUAAAAUUAUAUAUAUAUAUAUAUAUAUAUAUAUAUAUAUAGCUCAUGUACAAUAAUGUUGAAAAGUUUGGGGUCAGUAAGAUGUUUUUUGAAUAAAAUUACUACUUUUAAUCAGCAAGGAUACGUUACCAUCAAAGGUGGCAGUAAAGAACUUUACACUUUCAUAUAAAUGCUGUUCUUUUGAACCUACUAUUUAGUUUACACAGUUUUCAACAUUGGUAAUAAGUAUUGUUUCAGUAACACUUCAUUUUAAGUUGUAGUUGUUACACGUUUAUAUUAUAAUAACACCACUUACUAUUAUAAUAACAAUAUAUUAUGCAUAAUUCAAUGCAAGUCACCAUAAUCCUAACCCUAGUGAGUACAUGUAGUUAAUUAAUAUUACCAUAACCAGUGUUGAUAUCAGAUUGAUAUCUGAAAGAUCAUGUAACGUUAAAAAAUCUCACCAACUCCAAACUUUGAAAAAUCUGUUUAGUGAAGUUUGGGAUUAGAACAGGAAUGGACGCAGAAGUGGUUCAGUUUACUUUAUGAAAAUUUAUAUAGAUUGCUUUUCUACGAUAUUUCUUUUUCCUUAAAUUGUAACUAAAUACAUAAAGAUUGUUAUAUUGUGGUUUUGUGACCAAUUUCAGGUAUAUUUUACAUGUACACUUAUAUAAGGCCAAAAAUUAUUUUUUUUGUUUAUUGUUUUUAUAGAAAUUUGUAAGUAUGACUUCAAAGAAGCUGUUUGUGGUUCCAAAUAGUGACUAUAUUUUCUUUUCUUUCUUUUUUUUGUUAAAUGUUUAAAUAAUUUUUAUUUUACAUUUCAGAUGUGGAAAGGGUAAAAGUAGGAAUGUAACAGAAUGUUUUUAUGAGACAAGCAAGGGCCCAAAUACAUUUUUUAUGUUUUUUGCACAGGUUUGUAUGUGUGUGUGAGUGGAUAUGUGUGUGUGUGUGCGUCUUUGACCACCAUGCCCGUAUACGUAACAGAUAUUAAGUGUUUAGCCUACAUUUGGAAGAUAUGUACCAAUUGUUUGGCGUAUGUGUAUUUAUUUGUGGAAUAUUUGUAUUUCAUUCGCAUAAUGCUUAUUUUGUUUAUUUGCAACUGGAACUCUUUGUCUGCUUACCCAGUUACCAUUGACAUGUAGCAUUUACAAGAAUGGGACCAAAUAUUCAGGACUGGGGUGACCAAAUGUAAAAGUCUAAGAAAAAAAACCAAAAAACAAUAUUGAUUGACCACUAGCAUGUUCCUCAAUGUCAGUGGGGGGGUUUAACAUUUAUUUUUUACAUAUUUCUUUAUGUGAGUUACACUAAGUAGCAGAAACCAAAUACUAAUGUGCUUGUUACAAAUGCUUCAGCCUUGAUCCUCAAGACUUGUUUCAUGAAAAGAAGGUGUGACUGGACAUCUAAGUAUGUGCAUGUGUACUUUGUGAGUUUUGCUGUUCGUGUGGUCCGGCGUUCUGUGCUGACUCGUUGAAUUCGUAGAGUGGGCAAAUGUGAGGACGUCGAUUUCUCUGUCGAACUGACAUGUGUGAGCUGUGCAUCGAGGUAGAGAAUAAGCCAUGAUCAGUUCCAUAAGUGUGUGUGUGCAUGCCGUAGACGUGAGUCUAUAUUGUGCAUCUGUGUGUGAGAGCGUGUGCGCGUGCGUGUGUGUGCGCGCGCUUCAGUCCAGUGCUGACCUUUCCUCUUCUUUCUCAGCAAAAUUGACUAUUCUGUCUAUCAAAGUAUUGAAAAUCUAUUGUACUUUAUAAAGUCUAAAUUUGAUCUAUGUAUGUCUUCGAGACUGUUAAGAGAAAAAUAUGUAUAGGACAAAUACAUAUAUGAAUUAUUAGAGAUAAAAUAAAGGUAUAUGUAUUAAUAAUG